CUCCCCCUGCGCCUGUUCGGCCUCCUCGGCCCAGAGCUGUCGUUUGGCUUCGACCCGACUCCCCUUGGGUCAAGCUGAACACUGAUGGUUCUUUUGAUCACCAGACCGGAGUUGCCGGAGGAGGAGGUUUUAUCCGGGACCACAGCGGCGCUCUCAUCACCGCCUUCCACACGUCCCUUCAGGCCUCCUCGAGCUACGAUGCAGAGAUUCAGGCUCUACAGAUUGGCCUUCAUCUCGCUGCCCACCUCUCUAGUCAUAUUUGGAUCGAGCUGGACGCUGCGGCGGUC